UGGACAGGAGAGAGCUGCGGGCGACCUAAAUACGGUGAAGAGGUUGAAGAUUAAGAAUGACAAACCACACGGGGCCAACUCGGUUAUGCUCUAUUUCACAUCGAGGCACCUCUGGAAAGAAGAAUACUUGAUAUCCGUCUUCUGUAAGCGGCCCCAGAAGACCAGAAGACACACGUGGCGCAUGCGUCCGUUUAUGCCCUAAAUGCGGUGAAGAGGUUGAAGAUUAAGAAUGACAAACCACAUGGGGCCAACUCGGUUAUGCUCUAUUUCACAUCAAUGAGGCACCUCUGGAAAGAAGAAUACUUGAUAUCCGUCUUUUGUAAGCGGCCCCAGAAGACCAGACGACACUCAUGGCGCAUGCGUCCGUUUAUCUCCAGGGCAAAGGUCACAGAUUUCGACCCAGCACCUGAAAAUCCAGAACAUGAGGAUUUAUGUUAAUAUCUUCCCACUGUCUCACCUGGACAUGGUGUGACUAUAUCAGCAAGCCGUGAGCGGUGAAACAUGGCUUACGACUGCAUCGCAAGGCGAAUAAGUCGUCUGUUUGCCCUGUAUGGAGGCUUCCUGGCACGACAUCCCCUCCCAUUCCUUGUUCUUCCCGUUAUGCUAGCAGCUGGUCUUGGAGCGGGAAUGUAUUUCCUUGAGUCAGAGUCAUCUGUGGAAGGAUUGUACACACCUGAUAAUGGACAGGGGAAGACAGAGCGCGCUGUUGUCCGAGUACACUUCCCUGUCAAUGACUCUAAUGAUUUCCAGGCUUCCAGACUGGUAACAUUCGGCAGAUCGGCCAGCGUCAUUGUGACGAGUAAAGGACACGACAUUCUGAGUUUAGCGGUGCUGUCAGAGAUCCAUUCUGUCUACCGUAACAUUACCGGGAUAUCGUUAGAAAUGUCUGGGACAAACUACACAUUUGAGGACUUGUGUGCCAUGUGGCAAUCUCAGUGUGUAGUCGAUGGGUACCACCUUCUUAACUUCACAUUGGAGAAGGAUGAAAACACGACCAUUGGUUACCCCUGGACAAAUCUACCUGAUGGGGCUCGACUCUUCAGCGGAGCCACCCUGGGAGGGGUAACUCUAGGGCCAAGAGCGGACGACGUCAGCACCGCUGCCGCCUUCAAACUGACCUUCUACCUACGCAGCGGAAAUUCCGAAGAUGAUAAAUUGAGUGAGGAAUGGGAAAAGGCCUUUUUGUCCUACAUGGGCAAUUUUGAAUCGGACAUUAUCGACGUUUCCCGAACCUCGUCCCAGUCUCUCGAGGAGGAACUGUCCGCCCUGACGGCCCGCAUCAUCCCGCGUUUUUCCAUCACCUUCACGGUCCUCAUCACCUUCUCCAUCCUCUCCUGCAUGAUGCUGGACAUGGUCCGCACCAAGCCGUGGCUGGGCAUGCUCGGCGUCCUGUCCGCAGGCAUGGCGGUGGUGUCCUCCAUGGGGCUGUGUCUGUACUGUGGGGUCACAUUCACCAGCGUGGUGGCCUCCAUGCCGUUCCUCAUCGUAGGGAUCGGUGUGGACGACAUGUUCAUCAUGCUGGCGGCCUGGAGGAAGACCCAUCCCGGAGGCAGCGUGGAGGAGCGGAUGGGAGAGACGUACGCGGAGGCUGCGGUCUCCAUCACCAUAACAACCGUCACGGACGGGCUGGCCUUCGGGAUCGGCGCCAUUACGGUGUUCCCGGCCAUCCGCGUUUUCUGCAUCUACACCGGGGUAGCUGUGCUUUUUGAUUACUUCUUUCAAAUAACCUUCUUCGGAGCCUGCAUGGUAUAUGUAGGUCGCCGUGAGAAAGGCAACCGCCACGCAGCUACCUGCAUGCCGGUGGCUACUCCUCACGAGGUCGAAGAUAGGUCGGGUUGCUAUCGCCUGUUCUGCACAGGUAACACCAUGGCGGGAGUUAACGAGAGGGGGGAAUUCUCGGGUAGUGACCAUGCUGUCAUGACCUUUUUCAAACAUUAUUUUGGACAUUUUAUAACCAAAACAUGGGUAAAGGUUGUGGUCAUGUUAGUGUUUGCUGGGUACCUGGGUUGUGCCAUAUGGGGAUGCCUGCAGGCAAGAGAGGGCAUCCGUCUGAGUAACCUUGCUGCUGAUGACUCCUAUGUAGUGAGUUACAACAACAAAGAUGAUCAGCAUUUUACGACCUAUGGUGCCAAAAUUUCGGUUAUCUUCACUGAUGAGCUAGAAUAUUGGGAGGCCACCGUUCAAGGCCAAGUUGAAAAUGCUCUAAGCCGGUUUGAGGUGACAGACUUUACUGCGGGGAAAAAUGAAUCAGAAUCUUGGCUACGCGAUUACCUUGAUUUCAUUGAUCAGUUCUCAGGUAUCAUUCCAGGUCUGAAUGCCUCAAGCAAAGAACCAUUCAUUACAAAUCUCAGGCACCAUUUUCUCACAAUUCCUCGAUUCAAACGGUAUGAGCUCGACAUCGAGUUCAACGACAACAAAAGCGAAAUUCUCGCUUCUCGUUUCCUGGUUCAAACGAAAGAAAUUUCAAGUUCUGUCCGUGAAAAGGAUUUGGUUAUCAAGAUGAGAGAACUUGCUGAUCAGAGCCCUUUCCAGACCACGGUUUACCACCCUAGCUUUAUUUUCUAUGAUCAGUACAUCGCCAUCCUUCCCAACACCCUGCAGAACCUGGGUAUCGCCACAGCCACCAUGUUCGUGGUAGCCCUUGUCCUUGUGCCCCACCCCGUCUGCUCCAUCUGGGUGACCCUGUCCAUCGCGUCCAUCUGCACGGGGGUGGUGGGGUACAUGACCUUCUGGGACGUCAAUCUAGACGCCAUUUCCAUGAUCAACAUCAUAAUGUGUAUCGGCUUUUCUGUCGACUUCUCUGCUCACGUCACUUAUGCCUACGUGUCCUGUAAAGAAGACAGUAGCAAUGCUCGAGCGGUGUUCGCCCUGUAUAGCUUAGGCAUGCCCAUUCUGCAAGGUGCCCUGUCCACAAUAUUGGGUGUGGCAGCUUUGUCCACUGCUCCCUCCUACAUCUUCCGCACAUUUUUUAAAACCAUGUUCCUGGUCAUUCUGCUGGGCGCAUUUCACGGGCUAGUUAUCCUUCCCGUAGUGCUGACCUUCUUAGGACAAGAUGUGUGUGGAAACAAGCGCAGGUAUUCCAUAGACAACAAAAUGCCAACUUGCCAGAAUGGUUUAAAGGAACAAACUGGCCAACUGGAAACGCAGCGGAAGGGCGGUGAGGUGGAACUCGCGAAUUAUCAGUGCAGAAGUGGAGAUCCUAAACGCCUACCUUCAGAGUGUCAACAUACCAACCCUGCAUUUGAAUUGGACAGCUAAUAAAAGACGAACACAUACUAACAGCGAGGACAUGUAAACCAUACCGAACCGAACCAGAGAAACACUGUUCAUAUUAUUCUAAGUGCGUAAUUGUGGAAUACAUUUUCAUUUUACCUUGGGUAUUCGCUGCAUUUGCCUUAUCACUGGUAUACAUAUGAUGCACACAUGAUUUACCAAAUCCAUCUGAAUGAUAAAAUGCUGACUGGUCUGCACCUGCCAUCCUCAGCAUGUAUUAUAGUAUGUAUUCCCUGUUAAAAUUUUCAAUAAAAAAACUCUUGCAUGCAAA